UAUCAGUAUUUUACAGUUCGUCUUAUACACAACUAAUUCCAAAAUGGCCCGUACCAAGCAGACCGCACGUAAAUCUACCGGAGGAAAGGCUCCCAGGAAGCAGCUUGCAACCAAAGCCGCCCGCAAGAGCGCACCAGCCACCGGUGGAGUGAAAAAACCUCAUCGUUACCGUCCGGGAACCGUCGCUCUUCGUGAGAUCCGUCGUUACCAAAAGAGUACGGAACUAUUGAUCCGCAAAUUGCCGUUCCAACGUCUUGUACGUGAAAUCGCCCAAGACUUCAAAACCGACUUGCGUUUCCAGAGCUCUGCUGUUAUGGCAUUGCAAGAGGCUAGCGAGGCGUAUUUAGUCGGUUUGUUUGAAGACACCAAUUUGUGCGCCAUCCACGCCAAGCGUGUCACAAUCAUGCCCAAGGACAUCCAACUGGCUCGUCGUAUCCGCGGAGAACGUGCCUAACGGUUUAUCAUGAUUAUUAUUAUUAUUAUUAUUACCUUAAAAAGGCCCUUUUCA